AUGAAAAUCAUCAUCAUCGUCAUCAUAUCUAUUUUACUUAAAAGUGAAGCUCAAUACAUCGAUGAUCAAUCGAACAAUGAUAUAACAUCAACAAUCAAUUCUUUUAUUUUAUCAAGUCCAACAGUAAAUGAAUCAAUUACAGAUGACGAUAAAACUAUCUUAAUAGAAUCGUCAACUGAAUAUAUAUUUAAUAAAUUACAUGAAAAUGAAACAAGUUCAUCAAUGAGACUAAAUACUUUAAUUAAUAAUCAAACAUCAACAAUGAAUAAUGAUGACACAUCGUUAUCAACAUUUUUUCUUUCAUCAUCUCUAAAUGAUUUUCAAUCUACAACAGUUAUAAAUAAUAUUUUAUAUCGAAAUGAACAAUGGUUUAAUUAUAAUCAAGCAAAUCAACAAGGUUCUUAUGAUUCUUCGAUAGUUUGGAGAAAAAGCAAGGAUGAAUCAUUGGAUAGUUCAACUUAUAUAUUAAAAUCUGAAGGUGAAUGUGCUGAUCGUAUGUGUUAUAUUAAAUUGAAAUACAAUGGUUCCUUAUCAAAUAAUAAUGAUGGUUGUUUAUCAUUUAUUCUUUCGAUACGAGGUCAACCAGUUGGACAAUUAUGGAUUGAAGAAGAUGAAGAACAGGAAAAUCUUUCACAAAAAAUUCAAUUAAUUAAUUCAAGUUUACGUGUUGAACAUUCAUUAAAAUCAAAAACAAAAAAUUUAUCAAUUGAUGCUCGAAUAUUAUUUCGGAAUCCUAAUAUUGAUUUAAUAAGUUUAGCGAAUUUAAAUGUUAAUUGGAAAGGAGCUUGUCCACAAUAUCGUACAAUGAUCCCAUUCCCAUAUAUCAAUAUAUAUGAGUCGACAUUGGAAAAUAAUUUAAUAAAAUGGACUAGUGAAGAUUUAUCUCAAACAAGUUUUCUAACAACAAAUGAUAGAUUUGAAAUUAGUGAAGAUUACUUAUUAAUUGAAUCAUCAACAGUUAAAUUUGAAGAUAAAAUAUCAAUUCAACGUUCAUAUUCAUUAGUUAAUCAAUGGAAUAUCGGAUGGAUUUUAACAUUAAUUAUAUUAUUUUGUUUUUUAAUUAUUCUAUUUUCAUUUUUAUAUGGUUUAUGGUCAAUACAAGAACAUUAUCGUUCUGUUUGGUAUGUUAAUUUUAAUUCUCCAAUUCAAUUAAUUAGUCGACGAUCAAUUCAUUCAUCAAUUAAAUCAGAAAAUAAUAUCGAAAGAUUUUCUCAAAUAUCUAAUGAUAUUUCUUAUAUAGAUUAUCAACAAGAAGAUUUUGAUAGUUUUACAACAGCUAGCAGUCAAUCAAUAUCUUCACCGUUUUAUACUUAUUUUUAA